AUGCAUAUCACAUCGCUCCUCGUCCUCGGCGCCCUGGGCGCUGUCACUGCCCACCCGUCCGGCCACGCGCGCUUCCACCGUGGCCUUCACCAAAACCCUAACCGCGCUGAGAACAUCAUCAGUGCUACUAUCAACGGCAAGGUCGUCGAGUGGACCCAGGACUCGUCGCCCUUCGUCAUGGCUGGUCGUCCCCAGAAGCACACCACGACCGCAUCGCCAACCCCUACUCCUACGCCAACUCCCGCAUCCUCUGAGGAGCCCGCUGCCACAUCCACUCAGUCUGCAUCUUCCGGUGACAGCGAUGCUUCCGGCGAGGGUGUCUCAACCUACACCACCUUCUCUGACUACUGUGGCUCGUCUUCCAAGAAGCGUGCAACCCUUGGCCAGAUCAUGUACACUGGCAACACCGGCGAUGGUACUUACGGCUGCAACAUCAUGAAGGUCGCCAGCGAGGCCGUCGCUGCCAAGUACGACAACACCAUCAAGUUCUACGGUGCUACUGAAGACAUGAACUGCUGGGUCUGGAACAAGAUGGCUGCUGACGGCACCCUUUCUGGUAUGUGGGGUACUGAUGCUACUACUUUCACCCUCAAGGCCGGAGCUGUCCAGUACGUUGCCUUCGACAGCAACACCCAGGGCGCCGCCGCCUGCUACUCUGGAAGCGACCCUAUCAAGACCACUUAUGGUGCUUUGGCUGGAUCCUGGGCUGAGUUCGACUUUGAGAACUCGAGCAACGAUGGCUGGAGCGGUUUUGACUGCUCUUGCAUCGUUGCCCAGGAGGCUGGUCUGUCCGUCCCUGCUUGCGAGAUGGUCGGUGCCGGUGUUACCUCAAAGAUCGCUGCUGGUGGUGCCGUCGACAACGCCUACGACCUCUCACUCAAGGAUGCCGAUGGCAUUGGUGGUCAGUCCAGCGGCCCGUUGAAGAUCGAGUUCAACGUCAACCCCAACUAA